AUGGCCAACAUUCCAAAAUCAGACAAUGUCGUGCGCGUCAAGCUUGUCGAUACGACAACUGCCAUGGUCGGUGUGGCCGAGUCCUUCGUUCAGCCAGUCGUGAAGGGGCAUGAAGUCAUCAAUUUUUGCUCGCUAGCGUUCCUCCUCGAACACGAGAAACUCGGAAAGAAGGCAAUGUUCGAUCUUGGUGUCCGAAAAGAUUACUGGAACUUGCCCAAGGGCGCCCAACAAGGAGUGCUGGGGCCAGAUAGCGUAAUCUUUGGCAUGAGUGUACCAAAGGGCAUUGAUGAGGUGUUGGCGGAUGGAGGAGUAGAUCCAAAGUUAAUUGAUUACUGCAUCUGGUCUCACGCCCACUUUGACCACCGCGGAGACGUGUCCGUCUUUCCCAAAUCAACAACCCUGGUAACAGGACCUGGAUAUUUCUCGUCCAAAGGAAGACCCGGGGGAAGGGAUGAUCCACAGGCAGCAGCAGAAUUUGAAGGCCGGCCUCUCGAGGAAGCUAACUUCGACAAAGGUCUGAUGGUGGGCAAGUUCAAAGCCCAAGACUUCUUUGGUGACGGGUCCUUCUACCUUCUUGAGGCUCCGGGUCAUCAGCCAGAGCACAUAUGCGGUCUCGCCCGGACGACGCCAUCCUCAUCCCCUGAGGGAGCCACAUUCGUCUUCCUGGGCGGUGACAUCUGCCAUUUUGCAGGUGUCUUCCGGCCGUCCGAAGAGACCCCGCUCCCGGAUGGAAUCCCCGCCUCGGCCAUUGCAUUGCGCAGAGAUUGGGCGUCCAAGGCCAUGUGCCCAUGCUCCCACUUUACUCCCCACCAUCCUAAUGCGUCAGACGAGAAAUUGGCGUCGAUCACGCCCUGGUAUGAGCUACCUCGUGGAGGUAAACACCCCGUCUAUACCGACAUUGACCUGGCUACCGAGUCGGUUGCAAAAAUGCGUGAGCUGGAUAUCAAGGACAAUGUCAUGGUCUGCAUCGCGCACGACGCAAGUCUACUGGACGUGUUGCCAGUAUUCAACAAGCAGCCGGACAGGGACAUCAAUGACUGGAAGACGAAUGGAUGGAAGGCGACGACGUAUUGGAGUUGGCUGAAUGAGGUGGCGGUGGACGGUAAGACGCCGCAUGAGCCGGUGGUGGAAGGCUUUUGGAGGGACGGCAAGAAGUGGGACUACGCGGGACACUUGGAAACUCUCAAAUGA